AUGACGAAGUACGGCUCGAAGGAAUGGGCUUUGAUCGACUUGCCACAGCCGGUCUACGUGAACAAGUCUCUUCCCAACGCAUCAUGCGACUUGACAUUAUCUGCCUUCCAGCAGCAUGCUUGUCGUUUGGACGUCGCCAAAACGUGCACUAUGAUCUUGGACGCUCACUUCAACAUGCCAGAGAUUGGCAAUCUCGCCGCUGUUUGCCAGCGACUUACCAAGCUCGAUCACUCGGGUCUCCCGGCAACGCUACAGCCUGCCCUAUCACUACCUCAUGGAUGCACAGUCUCGUACAUCAUCAACAAUAACCACGACGGCACCAUGGACGUUCUUCGCAUCUUGAAGUUCGCGGCCAAGCUUACUGCGAAGGAAGCCAAAGACCUCUGCACAGGCCGUGCACUCCCUUUCAAUCGAUUGCCCGGUCAUCACGUGGUUUGGUGGUCCUUGGAGACGAAGGAAGCCAAGAAGUCCACCGCACCCCAAUGGACACCAGAGGAGGACGAGCUCCGCAAAGGUGUAAGCUUUGUCAAUCGCAAUGCACCUGAGGACGACUCAGAGAACCAGCAGUACCUUUGGAUAUUGACAAACAUCAGACCAGACAGCGGGUCGCCCAUUGCGGGGUGGCCCGAGGGGAAAGUGAUCCGCAUGGCGCAAAAUAAGUCUCGAGGCACGGUCGGCGCCACCUCAUUGAGCUUCUUUCCGUUUACAGUCAGAAGCCUGAAACCGUUCAUGAGCGAGUUCCUCUUGCCGCUAAUCGGUCCACUGCUAACUUCUUAUGGCAUACUCACCAUUGGAUGGCCAGGGGUAGGUAAGACCCCAUUCCUCAUCGUGCUAAGUUUGGCGCUGGGCCGCUACCACAUCCAACGGCUAAACUUGGAGGGAGUGAUGCCGGCAUGGCGCCGUGCCAAGGGCAUCGAUAACUUUCGUCACAAGACCGGGCAGAUCCAGGAGGGGUUGAUUCUCGAUGAUCCGUCCAUGGACCGGCUUGAUGCAGCAGAUGUGAAGUCAUGGCUCACGGCCGAGGAGGAUCAGAGCUGUAGCAGCCGCUACACAGAUGUGAAAUUGGUACGGAAUGGACUGCGGGCCUUGUCUGCGAAUGAUUUGGAGGAUGUGGAUGAACCUCCCCAUGACCCUCGACGCACCAGCAUCACUCCUACUGAGUUCUUCAAACUCGUCAAGAAGUUCUUCAGCUACUACAAGGAAGCAGAUAUCCUGGCAAUCCUCAUGCGAUGUGUAGUCAUGGUGUUUGGGAAGCAUGCGUUCUAUCUUAGGUUGCCGAGCCAGGAUCAGACGGCUCCCAUUCACUGCAUUCACCAGGAAGAUCUUCAUCUCGACCUAUUCACGGAGCGAGACAUGCCCUACUACGCCAAGUGCAAGGUUGGUGUCCAGGAGUUGCCCCCCAUGCACUCGGACGACGUAGAUUGGGAACAAGACCUUCUGCAACGAGGCAUGCAGGAACUACAGCACGCUGGUCGUCCGGAAACGUAUCUUCGCGAAGUCAACCAAGCCAUUGCUACAAGGGUGUUAUCGUCAACUAUGACCGAUACUGCUGUUCAUCUACCGGCAUCCCCAUCGACUGAUGAGGAGAGCCGCGUGCCAGUGCCACAUCCCGAGGCUCUGCCAGUUGCUUGUACAAACCCUCCCCGCAGGAUCGGCACCUUCAACUUUCCUCCGAGCAAGAGACGCUUGACUCAAAAACGUCAGUGUCUACCGAAAUCCACGAGGGUGCUGAAGGCCAUGUCCCAAACGAUCAGGCAACAUCAAGUGGAGCGGGCCGUGCCGCUCCUGAAGAUGAUCCGGAUGAGGACGCUGCCCGUGACAUGCACGAUUAGAUGUUUCACCAUCAUUUUGUUGGCUCCGGGCCAAGAUGGCAACGCUAGGGAGGCGGUCUGUAUGAACAGGACUCGACAUGAUGACCUCUUCAGUGGGUUCGCUUGGACCUGCGUGUGA